CAUGACAAAUACCAGCAACAACACACAAGUGAAUCUGUCAUUUGAUGUGAAAUAUAUUCACGGAUUAUUACUUUUGUGUAUUAAUAAUGACUAACAAUAUUUUCAGUAAUGGCCGCAUUCAACAACAGACGAUUGUUUCGCAGCGUUUAAGAAAUGAUAAAGGAAAAAAAGCACCAGAAAUAUCAGCAAUAGAGAGCAACAAUUGGUUGUUGCAUCGACAUUAUACGCGACAUGAAUACAAAACUUGUAAAAUAUUAAUUGAUCAAGAAUUAACAAAAUCAAACGGACAUAAUGAAUAUGCGAAUUAUUUAAAAGGUUUAAUACUAAGAAGAGAAGGAAAAAUUCAAGAUUCGUUGAACUAUUUUCAAGCUGCUUACAACAUCAAUUCAACGAAUAUUAAUAACGUGAAGCAGAUAGCCAAAUCAUUUUUGAUAAUGGGCAAUCACAAACGUGCAAUUGACGGGUAUUUGGAAGCUGAAAAAAUAUCGAAUAUACCAGAUUGGGAGAUUUAUUUUAAUUUAGGCGAAUGUUACAUGAAAUUGAAUCAGGUAUACGAAGCAAAAAAAUAUUUGAAAAGAUCGAUCGAAUUAACGAAAAAUGAACUUCCUUAUAUUGCACUUGCCAAACUUUGUCUCUUCGAAAAUCAUAUUACAGAGGCACAGAACGCUUACACAACUGCUCUUAGCGAGAAUCCUGAAAGUAUAGAAGCUGCAACCAAAUUAGGGCUGCUCUAUCUUAAAAUUGGUGAUGUUCAACGAGCAUUCCAACAAUUUGGUACUGCAAUCGCCCAUUCUCCAAAUUAUACUAAGGCAAUUCUUCCAAUAGCUUACAUAAUCCAAAGUCACCAAGAAUAUGAUGUUGCAUUGUCGAAGUAUAAACAAGCAGCGCAAUCAAUUCCAGAAUCGUAUGCCUUAUGGAAUAAUGUCGGAAUGUGUUUUUACGGCAAGCAGAAAUUCGUUGCUGCUAUUAGUUGUUUGAAGAGAGCUCAUUAUCUCAAUUCCAUGGCUUUUUUACCCGCUUAUAAUUUGGGUAUGGUUUUUUUGACUACCGGUCAACCAGCCUCGGCCGCAAUUUAUUUGUGCGCUGCGAUUACCGCUGAUCCAAAAAAUUCAAUGCCGUAUCUCCUACUUGGAAUCGCUCUGAAACGUCUAGACGACUUGGAAGGUGCGGAGAAAGUAUUGCAAAAAGCUCAUGCUCUUUCACCGCAAGAUCCCUUCGUGUUAAUUAAUUAUGCGGUAAUAUUGGAGGCGCAGAGUAAGGGGAAUAUGGCGGCUGAACUUCUGUCUGCGUUGAAUGAUAUUACGGCAGUGAUUGACGUGGACGCGCAGAUAACGCAGACGGCAAAGAAAUUGUCGAUGAAGCUUCAGCAGGAAAGAGUAAACGGUAAAGAAGAGGAGGAGUCGAGGGUACUCAACUCGGACGAAGUUUAAAACGGAUUAUCUGCUUCUUGAAAUCAAAGGCCUUGCUCUAAAAAGCAUAUUUAAUCUCUCAAUAGAUUUGUAGACAACAGAGACGUAAAUAACAGUGAUAUUGCGAAUAAUGAAAAUGGAAAUAACGAAGGAAUACAAAUUAAAAAGAA